GUCAUCAUCACUAGCAGGUUAUACUCUUCGAAGUAUGCAGUGUUGAAAGUGAUAAGACUGACCGUUGAGGAUGGCCACCCCCAAAGUUGCGCUCGUGACUGGAUCCAACAAGGGCAUCGGUCUGGCUGUUGUCCGAGCUCUGUGCAAGCAGUUUCCUGGUGAUGUGUUUUUAGCCGCCCGGGAUGUGGGUCGAGGAACCGCAGCAGUGGAGAACCUGAAAGCGGAAGGUCUGAAACCUUUAUUUCAGCAACUAGACAUCACAGACCCGCAGAGUGUGCGUGCCGCCCGAGACUACUUUAAGGAAAACUAUGGUGGUGUGGACGUGCUGGUCAAUAACGCUGCCAUUGCCUUCAAAAUGGCAGAUACCACGCCGUUUGGGACUCAAGCAGAGGUGACUCUGAGAACCAACUUUUUUGCAACUAUGGAUAUGUGCCAGGUCUUCCUUCCUAUCAUCAAGGCAGGAGGCCGUGUGGUGAACGUGUCCAGUGUUAUGGGCUCCAUCGCCUUGAGCAAGUGCAGUGCCGAGCUCCAGGCUCGUUUCCGUAGCGACGACAUCACUGAGGAGGAGCUGACGGCGCUGAUGGAGCGCUUCGUCAAGGAGGCUCAGGAGGACGUGCACUCCCAGCGAGGCUGGCCCAGCACGGCCUACGGCGUCUCCAAAACGGGACUCACCGUCCUGUCUAGGAUCCACGCGCGCCGCCUUCGGCAGGAGAGGCCGCAAGACCAGAUCCUGCUCAACGCCUGCUGCCCGGGCUGGGUGCGGACGGACAUGGCGGGGCCCAAUGCCACCAAGUCGCCAGACGAGGGCGCUGUCACGCCUGUGUACCUCGCCAUGCUGCCCGCCGGGGCUGAGGGACCUCACGGGCAAUUUGUGUCUGAGAAAACCGUGCAGCCUUGGUGAAGAAGAGAUGUUUCUGGAUUUGCAAAGUGGAGGAACAUGUUACGUGAAGGUUUUUGAAUCUAUAACCAUGUGAUGUAAUUAAUAUUUCGCCACAUUUAUGCAUUCAUGAUGUUCUACAGCAUUUUCUUUCAUAUGAUCACAGUGACAGAAAAUGUCUAUUAACUGUUACAAGUUUUAAUUGUUUGCCUUCAAAAUUUAAGUUACCGUUACUUUGUGACUGGAUUUAAUUACUCCAUCACCUACGCUCAGGUCUACAGUCAGUUUUACAUGUCUAAUAUUCUACAUUUUCAGAGUUCAUGGCUACUUACCAAAUCAUUGAUUGUGCACUGCGCCAUGUGUAAAGUAGGCCUAUGUCUCACAGACCUAGAAAUAAACGUCUUCACUUGUAUGUACGAAACUUAGCAGCUAAAGAAAUGAGAACCAUUAGUGAACACAUUGGUUUGUUUGGCAACACGGCCCAGGCCUAUUGGGGAAAUUCUCCAGACACUCAGUUUCUCUGUUUAAUGUUAUUUCACUUUUGAGGUAGUGUUUUUGUCAGAACAUUUUUGGUCUAUUUAUGGAAUAAAUGAUUCAGGAAGCUUAAACCGAAUUGUACGUGUGACAUUUUAAAAGAUAUAUCCAUACAGAUUUGCGUCAAACCAUUUCUCUGCUACUUUACAUUUAAAAUAUAAGUCUAAUCAAACAUCACUAUCCUCUAAUAUUUGCUUAAUUAAAGUCUAUUAGGUGGCUAAAACAGUCUACACCU